AUGAGCCCCCUGAACUCAACCUUCUUUACAAACACCAGUAUUGUUCGUCCUGACUUCUUUUUCAUUAGUGGUUUUCUUGGUAUUCCACACACAAUAUACUACUAUGUCUUUUUGUGCUUUGUUUAUGCCGUGACUCUACUGGGAAACACUUUUGUCAUGUUUAUGAUUUACACUGAUCACUGUCUUCACAAUCCAAAAUAUAUUCCAGUCUUUAAUUUGGCUGUGUCUGACUUGUGUGGAAGCACUGCAAUCAUUCCUCAGGUGAUUGACACCUUCAUGUUCAAAUCACAUUUAAUCUCUUUUGAGGCCUGUCUGACUAGCUUGUAUUUUGCUUUAGGGUUCAUCACUAUGCAAUCACUCACUCUCACUGUUUUGUCCUAUGACAGAUGUGUCGCUAUAUGUUUACCACUGAGAUACAAUGAGAUUGUGACUAGUAAAUCAAUGUUGGUGAUCCUAGCCAUGUUAUGGAUUUCUACAGGAAUGGCUAUUUUCUUAGCUGUGCUUUUUCUCAGCACACUGUCCUUCUGCAAAUCCAUUGUGAUAAACAGUUAUUUCUGUGACCAUGGACCCAUAUACCUUUUGGCAUGCAAUGAUAACACUCCAAGUACUGUGAUUAAUGCAAUAAUUCCUAUGAUGAUGCUCUUCUUACCAGUUUUUUUUAUAGUGGUCACAUACAUUUGCAUAGCCAGAGCAUUAUUAAAAACCGCAGCAGCCUCAGAGCGCCUCAAAGCCAUGAAAACCUGCACCUCUCAUUUGAUCUUGGUGAGCGUGUUUUACUUUCCUGUAUGUAUCACCUACGCAAUGGGCUCCUCCUUGCGCCAGAACAUCAGGAUGAUUAACUAUUCUCUGGCGACUGCGUUGCCCCCUAUGCUGAAUCCAAUCAUUUACUCACUGAAGACAGAAGAAUUCAGAGAAUCCAUUAAAAAGUUUUACAGAAGAAAUAAAUUUCACAUCACUGUAUGGAAUAAAUGA